ACAUUUCCUUUUAGUCUAUGCUGUCAGACGAUGGCCAUGUGAGACUUUAUUUUGCAACAAAAGUAACCCAAUUUGGUUAUUAUUAGUGAUUUUCAGUGGCGUAUAAAACAUAACACAAAAAAUGGAGACGGAAAAUAUUCAGGUUGAUGAGUUUUUGCCAGCAAAAAACCCCGUAAAAUUAAAAAAUAUCAAGCGCAAAGCUGAACCAUAUUCUGGGAAUGGAAUGGAAGUAGAUGACGGUAAUAAACAAAAAGAAAAGGUAAAAAGUCGUAGAUUACGAGCUAAAAGGCCAAAGAAAGGACUUGAGCCCAAUGAAAGUAAAGAAAAUAUGAGGAAAGUUCCAGUUCCAGCACACAGAUACACCCCACUAAAAGAAAGCUGGCUGAAGAUCUUCACUCCAAUAGUAGAACAUCUGCUGCUACAAGUGCGUUUCAACACAAAAACAAGGAAUGUUGAGAUUAAAGUUGGUCCAGAAACAAAAGAUAUUGCCAACUUACAGAAAGCUGCUGAUUUUGUAAAGGCUUUCGUUUACGGAUUUGAGGUUGAAGAUGCAUUAGCACUGCUCAGAUUGGAUGAUUUAUUUGUAGAAUCCUUUGAAGUUAAAGACGUUAAGACUCUUAAUGGAGAUCAUUUAAGUAGAGCUAUAGGCAGGCUCGCAGGAAAGGCUGGCCGAACGAAAUUCACAAUUGAGAAUGUAACAAAAACAAGAAUAGUGCUUGCAGACUCUAAAAUACAUAUAUUGGGCAGUUAUCAGAAUAUAGCGUUGGCUCGUCGAGCGAUUUGCAACUUGAUUAUGGGAUCUCCGCCUUCUAAAGUGUAUGGUAAUCUGAGAAAUGUAGCUAAUAGGGUUGCUGAGAGGAUGUAGAAUAAAUAAUAUAUUUAUAA